UUGCUUUCUUCCCCAGUGUGGGGAGGAGAGAGGUGACCAACAGUUGCCAUCAGACUCUUUCUUUGGGGUCAUCUGCUUGAAUGAGUCUGCUGUGGGCUUUGAGAACUUCCUAGGCCUUGGGACGCAUGGAGCAAGAGGCCUGACAAGGGCUAGCAGAGGGGACUGAGGCACUGUCCACUGGGAUUUAAGACUAUCUCAGAAAUGCAAGAGUUUACCUGGGAGAAUUACAGCUAUGAAGAUUUUUUCGGCGAUUUCAGCAAUUACAGUUACAGCACUGACCUACCCCCUACCCUGCUAGACUCUGCUCCGUGCCGGUCAGAAUCUCUGGAAACCAACAGCUAUGUUGUGCUCAUCACCUAUAUCCUGGUCUUCCUGCUGAGCCUGCUGGGCAACUCCCUGGUGAUGCUGGUCAUCCUGUACAGCCGGAGCACCUGCUCGGUCACCGACGUCUACCUGCUGAACCUGGCCAUCGCCGACCUGCUCUUUGCCACCACCUUGCCCAUCUGGGCCGCCUCCAAGGUGCACGGCUGGACUUUCGGCACGCCCCUGUGUAAGGUGGUCUCGCUUGUGAAGGAAGUCAACUUCUACAGCGGAAUCCUGCUCCUGGCCUGCAUCAGUGUGGACCGCUACCUGGCCAUCGUCCAUGCCACACGCACGAUGAUCCAGAAGCGCCACUUGGUCAAGUUCAUAUGCUUAAGCAUGUGGGGAGUGUCUUUGAUCCUGUCUCUGCCCAUCUUACUGUUCCGUAAUGCCAUCUUCCCACCCAAUUCCAGCCCGGUCUGCUAUGAGGACAUGGGGAACAGCACUGCGAAAUGGCGCAUGGUGCUGCGGAUCCUGCCUCAGACUUUCGGCUUCAUCCUGCCGCUGCUGGUCAUGCUGUUUUGCUAUGGGUUCACCCUGCGCACGCUGUUCCAGGCCCACAUGGGGCAGAAGCACCGGGCCAUGCGGGUCAUCUUCGCCGUCGUGCUCAUCUUCCUUCUCUGUUGGCUGCCCUACAACCUGGUUCUGCUCACAGACACCCUCAUGAGGACCCACGUGAUCCAGGAGACGUGUGAGCGCCGCAAUGACAUUGACCGGGCCCUGGACGCCACCGAGAUUCUGGGCUUCCUGCACAGCUGCCUCAACCCCAUCAUCUACGCCUUCAUUGGCCAAAAGUUUCGCUAUGGCCUGCUCAAGAUCCUGGCGGCCCACGGCCUGAUCAGCAAGGAGUUCCUGGCCAAGGAGAGCAGGCCUUCCUUUGUCGCCUCGUCUUCAGGGAACACCUCUACCACCCUCUAAGACGCCUAUGUGGGCUGCAGUCUCUCGGGCUUCCUCCCUCCCUUGCACAUCUCAUCCCAAGCCUCAUAUCCUGGUCCCGGAGUCAACACAGCCCUCACUGUGGCUAUAGAAAAGAGCGGCGGCCACUUCCUCAGCAGGCCCCCAGUGCACAGCUUAGAAAGCCUGACCCGGCCCCUGCCACUUCCCAUAAUUACUCUGCCAACUACGGGAAUCUUCUCAUUCUACCACUGACCCCAAAACCCCCUGCUGAGAAGAACAAAUCAAACCCACAGUGAGCUACCACUUCACGUCCAUGGGAUGGCUGUUAUCAGAGGGCGAGAAAGGACUGAGGGAGCGAGCGAGUGAGAGAGCCAGGGCCAGCAGGACGUGGAGGAACUGGAACCCUUAGUGUUGGUGGUAGAAGUGUGAGAUGGUGCGGCCACUCUGGACAAGAGCAUGGGAAUUUGCCUCAAAACAUGGAGCAGAAUGACUACGUGAUCCCAUAAUCCCACUUGCAGAUGUGUGCACGAAAUAGCAGAAAGCAAGGGCUGGAAGAGAUUUUUGCGUGGCAGUGUUCACGGCAGCGUUAUUCCCAGUAGUGAAAAGGUAGAAACAAGCCAGACGUCCAUCAGGGAAGGGACAGGUACACACGAUGUGCUGCAUGUGCGCAACAGCCUUAAAAAGAGUGAGCAGGCGUUACAUCACAGAUGAACUUUGAAAACAUCAUUAUGUGUGGCCAGCGUGGUGGUGAAGUGGGUAAAACCACUUCCUGCGACACCAGCAUCCCCUAAUAGCACCGGUUGGUGUCCCGGCUGCUCCACUGCCAGUCCAGCUCCCUGCUAAUGGCCUGGGAAAAACAGCAGAAGAUGGACCAAGUGCUUCGGCCCCUGCACCCAUGUGGGAGACCCAGAAGAAGCUCCAGGUUCCUGGCUUUGGCCUGGCCCAACCCUGGCCAUUGCAGUCACCUGGGGAGUGAACCAGCAGAUGGAAGAUGUCUCUCUCUCUCUUUGUGUGUAUCUGUCUCUUCUCUCUCUGUAACUCGAGUGUCAAAAUAAAUAAAUAAAUCUUUUUAGAAAAGAAAAUGUUAUUAUCUGACACAAACCAGAUAGGAAGGGCAAAUAUUUUAUGAUUAUGCUCCUGUGCAGUGCCUGGAACAGUCACAGAGACGGAAGUGGAACAGCGGAGCUCGGGGGUGUGCGGAGGUCUCCUGUGAUGGGCACAGGAUUUCAGAUUGGUGACGAAGCUCUGGAGGCGGACAGCAGCGAUAGCUAUACGAUGAUGUGACAGUACUUAAUGUCACAAAGCGGUGCACUUAAAUAUGGUUAAGAUGAUCAUCUUGCAGUGUAAUUUUAAAAACUUUAACCACUGAGCCAGUGCUGGAAACACUUACCUAUCAUUUCUUGUAAGGUGAGAUCAUUAAAUGUCUUUUUGCAUCAACCACUGUUAGCUGGGCAUUUAUUUCAUUACCUCCAGCCAACAGCAUCCAAACUGGUACAGAGAGGCCAGGCCAGGGUGAGCAGAGGUCAUGGACGAAGGUCUUUGCAAGAAACAUAAGGAGCCUUCCAAAGGCUCGUGGACAAUGCACAUUCUCUGCUUACUUCUCUUUUCAUUGACUUUAUUUAAUCGAGAGACAGAUGUUCAUCAGUGAAUGGAUAGAUAAGCACAAUGUGGGGGCCAGUGCUGUGGUAUAACAGGUUAAGUCACUGCCUGUGAUGCUCGCAUCCCACGUGGGUGCAGGUUCCAGUCCCAGCUGUUCCCUUCCAAUCCAGCUCCCUGCUAAUGCACCUGGGAAAAUAGCAGAAGAUGGAGACCCAAAUGAAGCUCCUGGCUUCAACCUGGCGCAGCCCUGGCCACUGUGGCAAUUUGGGGAGUGAACCAGCAGGUGGAAGAUCUCUUUCCCUCUCUGUCUCUCAGUCUCUCUCUGUCUCUCUGUCUUUCUCUGUCUCUCUCUCUCUCUCUGUAACCCUGUCUUUCAAAUAAAUAAAUCCAGCUUCCUGCUAAUGCAGACCCUGGGAGGCAGCAAGUGGUGGCCCAAGCAUUUGGGUGGCUGUUACCCACAUGAAUACCCAAAUAAAUAAAUCAUUAAAAAAUAAUAAAAUAAGGGGCCGGCGCCAUGGCUUACUUGGCUAAUCCUCCGCCUGAGGCGCCAGCACCCCAUGUGGGCCCUGGGUUCUAGUCCCAGUUGCUGCUCUUCCAGUCUAGCUCUCUGCUGUGGCCCAGGAAGGCAAUGGAGAAUGGCCCAAGUGCUUGGGCCCUGCACCUGCAUGGGGGACCAGGAGGAGGCACCUGGCUCCUGGCUUCAGAUCAGCACAGCACCGGCCGUAGCAGCCAUCUGGGGAGUGAGCCAACGGAAGGAAGACCUUUCUCUCCGUCUCUCUCUCUCUCACUGUCUAUAACUCUACCUGUCAAAAUAAAUAAAAAAUAAUAAUAAAAUAAACACAAUGCAGUACAUACACACAAUGGUAACUUAAUCAACCUUAGGAAAAAAAAGAAAUAUGCCUUAUAUCAUGGAUGAACCUUGAAAACAUUAUGUUAUGUGACAUAAACCAGAUAUGAGAAACAAAUAUUUCAUGAUUCUGCUUCUGUGAACCAAGUCAGGCAACUCUGAAUCCCUUUUUCACUCCCUAAAUGCCCACAACAACCACGGCUGGGCCAGGCUGAAGCCAGGAGCCCCAAAUGUGAUCCACAUCUCCCACCUGGGUGGCAAGGCCCCAAGCACUUCAGUCAUUGCUACUGACUCCCACGAGCAUUCUCUUGGAAAUCCAUCACCACACGAACUUUUGAAGUCCCUGGCAAAUCCUUUUGCUAGCUUCUGGGCCCACAGAGACCGGACAGGAGCAGAGAUAGGACUCAGAAGGCACCGAGGACUGCGUGUGGUCAGCAGCCAGCCGGCCUGGGUAGCACAAAGGCAAAGAGCUCUCCUUGGCUCAUGCAGCAGCUCCUGCUGUCAAUCCCCCUACUCUGUCCUCUCCUCCACCUACAGCACACACCCCAUUGUUUGGGGCUUGACAAGAGAGCACUUAGUGCAGAAUGGGAAAAUGAUUUAUUCGAGAGAGGAGAGAGAAAAUGUUCCCAUCAGCUCCCAAAUGCCUGCAACAGCCAGGGCAGGGCAGGGCCAAAGCCAGGGGCCUGGAACUCAAGCUGAGUCUUCCAUGUGGAUAGCAGCACCCAAGUGAUUGGGCCACCACCUGCUGCCCCCCAAGGUCUGCAUUAGCAGGAAGCUGGAAUCCGAAGCUGAGCGGAGACUCAAAUCCAGGCACUACAAUAUGGAAUGCUGGUGUCCCCGCUGGCAUGUUAACCACUAAGCCAAAUGCUCACCCCUGGAAAAAUGAUUUCUAAUAGGGAAUUCAGAGAAAGCAAAGGAUUUGGAUCAUUUCUUCACCAGUAUUUAUUGAGUGCCAGUGGUCCCAGGGAGUUAGGAUAUAGUGACCGUUAAAACAGAGGUCUGGGAGCCUGUGUUGUGGCACAGUGGAUUAAGCCAUCGCCUGUGAUGCCAGCAUCCUAUAAGAGUGCCAAUUCGAGUCCUGGUUGCUCUCUUCCAAUCCAGCUGCCUGCUAAUGCUUCUGGGAAAGCAGAAAUGGUCCAAGUACUUGGGCCACUGUACCCACUCAGAUACUGCUCCUGGCUUUGACCUGUCCCUGGCUGUUGUUGAGGAGUGAAACAGCAGAUAGAAGAUUCUCUCUCUCUCUCUCUCUCUCUCUCUCUCUCUCUCUCUCUCUCUGUAGCUCUUUCAAAUAAAUAAACAAAUAUUAAAAAGAGGCUUGGGGCCGGGGCUGUGGCGUAGCGGAUGGAGCUGCCACCUGCAAUGCAGCAUCCCAUAUGGGAGUCCCGGCAGCUCCACUUCCAAUACAGCUUCCUGCUAUGGCCUGGAAAGCAGUGGAAGAUGGUCCAAGAUCCCACCUUGGAGACCUGGAAGAAGCUCCUGGCUCCUUUCUUCGGACCAGUGCCGUUCCAGCCGUUGUGGCCAAUUGGGGGGUGAAACAGUGGAUGGAAUACCUCUCUCUCUCUCUCUCU